CACUAUUAUUUUGAAGGUGUUGACAGGAACACGUGUUCUCUGUACGUUACUCGACUUACUUAAUGAGUAAACUUCUAACUGGCACUUGUCUUGCUACUCUACGGUAACGGAGGGAAAGUAGCGGCGGUGGACUUUAGUCUCUCAACACCUUUUAACCGGGAUAAAAAGACGUGAAGCGUGCGGGGACAUUCAUCUUCUUCUUCUCCUGAAGUACCAGAGAACAAGCAGUUGUAAAAUGGACCCCAGUAAAUCUCCCACGGCUCCUGCGAUGAACUACGGCGGUGAGAAGUCCUCCAUGGGCCAGAUGCCCCCUCCGGCCUACCUCGCCAGCCCCUACCCGGGGUACCCGCCUCAGCCCGGCAUGGGAUACCCGCCUCAGCCCGGCAUGGCAUACCCACCACAGCCGCAGGGCUUCGGAUCUCCACCACCUUAUGGGAACGAAGCAUACGGACAUCAGCCUCAUUCCAUGCGUCAGGAGUACCCAGCACACCCGGCCACUGUCACCGUACACCAGCCCAUGGUGUACGUGACUCGGAGUCCGCUGGCCGAGCCUGCCAGCGACUACAUGUGUUACUCCGUAUUCACCUUGAUGUGCUGCUGCCUGCCACUCGGCAUUGCUGCCCUCAUCUACUCUAUCUCAACUCGUGAAGCCAACCACGCCGGUGACCAGCUUGCAGCGGAGCGGAGCAGCAGGUUGGCCCGGACACUGAACCAUGUGGGCCUGGGAAUCGGACUUCUGUUCUCCAUCGUCAUGGUUGUCUACAUCGUGGUUGUGGCGACUGUCAUCUCCCAAUAAAUCAGCUUCAAAAUUGUUCCCAUAUUUCUUGUCCCCAUAAUCAUUCUACACCAGGUUGUCGAACCACGUCAGGAACAUGACCAUCAGAAAGGGCUUAUAUUUGCUAACAUGAUUGAAAUCACCUUUUUUGCUAAAAUGCUUUUGAAAAGUUUCUGAUAUUUGUUUAAGUAAUUGGCCACUUGUUUUAAAGAGACCUCAGAAGCUUUUUCCAUUGUAAUUACGUUUCCAUUACGUUCCAACAAUGCAGAGUAACCACUUCAGCUUUACUGUGUUCACAUUCCAUCGACAAUUCUUUUUGUUUGUGAUUUGUUCUUUCUGUUAUCACACAUCAAAAAAAUAUGCUAUUUAGUCAAACAUUCUUCCACGUUAAUGCCUUAAGAUCACGUCUCGGGUCCAUGUUGCUCUUCCACACAUGCAGACUUCAUGUUUUAUUCAAAGAAAGUUUUACAUUUUGUGUUCAAAUUGCAAAUGUUUAUUCAUUGUGUGGUUUUAAAGAGAUUUGUCUGGUUGUGUGAUGGGGGGACCACUGCUGCCUUUUCAACUGAUUUGUUGGCUAUAAAAAUGCACUAACACCCUGUAACCCGCUUAGAAGUAUGCUUUGCUAGAAUCGCAAAAAAACCCAGCAAAGUAAUGCCUUAAAAAUAACUCAAAAAAGGAGGGGUUUGAAGCUCACCCUGAACAAGUGAAGUAAAUAGUGUCUGUUUGUCAUCAGAUAGUCUCUGAGCUCAACUUGCACACCACACAGGGAAGGCUUCCCCUUUCUUCCAGUUGAACAGGAACUCACAGCUUCUCUCAAUAUCAGCAGAAAUUUAGCAAUAGUGUAGCCAAUGUGGUGGACAUGGCCAGUUUAUAAAUCAGGGGCUGUGGUUCUGUGUUUGAAAGUUGUGUCAUGUCUCACUGGUCGGGGUGUGGUUUUGUCAUUUAAUGUCUGUUUCUGUUUUCUUAACCAUAGCUGAAAAAAAGAUUUUACUUUGUACCAGAUUUCUUUAUAAAUAAAAGUGACGUAUGUUGAGAGAAAAAAAUCA